CCCGUUUCAGGAGCACCCCUGGUCUCAAACAGUCCAAUGAAUGGAACAGGCAUGAUGCCCCUCACUUGCCCAGUCUUCCAAUGCUCUGGGGAGAGAUGCUACCAGGAGGAAGCUCACGGCAACAACACAGAGCCCUGCCACAACGCAACUCACUGCGAGCUCUACCGGUUCAAUAGCACCAGCUACACAGCGCGAUGCAGCAGUGAGUGUGGGAGCAGCAACACUACAGAGAUGUGCAUGACCAACAGCAGUGUAAGCAUGAGUCUGUGCACGGUGGAGUGCUGCAGCUCGCCCAACUGCCUCAGCCUCAACGGCACAGCCUACGGUGACCUUCCACCCACCACCACGCCAGCUCCCACGACAACCACCACUAAAGCACCCCCCAAAAAUGGGAAAGUGUGCUCGACCUUCACCUGCCAUGGAGAAGGCUGCUACAAGGGGAAGAAGUCCUCAGCCGGCUGCAUCGUGGGCUUUGACUACUGUGAGAUGAAGAAAACGGGCCCCCACUUUGUGGCAGGCUGCAGCAAGCUCUGUAAAACAUCCGGCAAGCCCUGCGUCGCUGGAUCCGCCGCGCCUUGCUACCAGGAAUGCUGCCCUGCCAUGCCUAAAACCAGCUGCCUCAAGCUGGACGGCAAAGUGCACUUCAACCGGGCCUGGUCCGUGGCUCCAGCCCCUCUGCUCCAGCUCCUGACUGGGGCAGUUCUCCUGGGUCUGAACCAUGCCCUGUUCUUCUCCGUAGGGUCUUGCUGAAAGCCGUGCCUCUGAGGCUGAGGAGUGGGUCUUUGGGCUUGAGGCCGUGCCUGUGGGCUAGUGUGACUCCUUCUUUUGGGCUACGACUUUUUUCAGGAAGAGAAGGGGCAGGCAUUCAGGAAAAUACCUACCCCCUCCUUCUUUCCCCCUGUGCUGGGCUGAGCUUAUGCACUAUGCUUUCUGUUCCAAACCGUUGGCUUGUGUAUUUUGGCAAUGGAGUUUAUUUCCCUACCUGCCUCUCGCUUUGCUCUAAUCCGACUGGGGGCUGGGCUGGGGCAGCCAGUCCACUUCACAACAGCAAAAUGCCCCUGGGAAUGGCUGUUGGGUCUCACUUGCUGUUUAUUCUGGGGGAUCCUGGAUGCAGGGA